UCUCCCGCCAGGCGCUCAACCAUGGAAGCGAGCAUGCACGAAAACCCAUUCUUGCAAGACCAGCCAGAGGCCGAGCUUUCGACCCGUGGCAUCCCGCUUCGUAAGCUGGCAGGCGAUGUCGUGCCAGAGCGUCUUGAGGCUGGCAUGCAGGUCGGUUUACGGGCGCUGGCCGAGGUCGAGAAACCUCUACUCGCGCUCAAAGACAACGCCGAUGCGCAAGCCUGGCUGAAGCAGAUCGAAAACGUCCGGUGCCAGUCACAACGCUCCCGCACAGUCGUAGGCGUCGUCGGCAAUACCGGCGCCGGCAAAAGCAGCGUAAUCAACGCGCUUUUGGAAGAGGAGCGGCUUGUGCCGACCAACUGCAUGCGCGCCUGCACCGCAGUCGUCACAGAACUGAGCUACAACGACUCCAUGGAGCCCUCAAAGAAGUACAGAGCAGAGAUCGAAUUCAUCAAGACUGAGGACUGGGAGAAGGAGCUGAAGGUCCUUUUCGCCGAGCUUUUAGACGACAACGGAGCUAUCACGAGGGAGAUCUCCAACCCUGACUCUGAAGCCUCAAUCGCAUACAGCAAGGUUAGAUCUGUUUACAACAAGCACACCAAGGACAUGCUGGCGAAGAGCAGCGUCAGAGCUCUCAUGAACGUGAAGCAAGUCAAGAAGAUUCUCGGCCGGACCAUCAAAAUCCAAGAACGCGAUCCGACGACGUUCUACCGCCGCCUCCAGGGCUUCGUGGACUCCAAGGAGAAGGGUACAGAGAAGCUCGACAAGAAUGGGAACAUCAACCACAAUGCGAAGCGCGAAUUCGAGUCGUGGCCGCUCAUCAAAGUCGUCCGCAUCUACGUCAAGGCUGAUGCCCUGAGUACUGGUGCAGUCAUUGUCGAUCUCCCAGGUGUGCACGACUCCAACGCCGCUCGAGCUGCUGUGGCCGAAGGAUACAUGAAACAGACAUCCGGUCUCUGGAUUGUGGCGCCGAUCAAUCGUGCCGUCGAUGACAAGGCAGCCAAGAAUCUGCUCGGCGACUCCUUCAAGCGUCAGCUCAAGUUCGAUGGCACAUACUCUGCCGUCACGUUCAUCUGCAGCAAGACCGAUGACAUCUCUCGGACGGAGGCGACCGAUACGUUGAAGCUCGGCGCAUCCAUGGAAGAAUUGGAGGAGAAGCACUCCAACGUCAGCGCGCAGAAGCGCCAACUUACCAAACAACUGAAAGACAGCCGAGAACGCAAGCAAGACCUUGACGAUAUAGUUGAAUCUCUUGACGAGCAGGUGGAUGUAUGGGAUGAACUGCUUGAGAAAGUCGAACAUGGCAAAACUGUCUAUGCCCCGUUUGAGAAGACAGGGAAGAAGCGAAAGAAGGGCGGUGCAUCGGAGCGAAAGAACAAACGUCAGCGCCGUAGCUCUGACUCCGACACCGAUGAGCGUUCUUCCCAAAGCGACGACAAUGCCGAAGACGACGAGAACACCAUCAGCCUAUCGGCAGAGCCUUUGACAGUUCAAGUUGUUGAAGAAAAGCUCGACGAAUUCAAGAGCUUGAAGAGAGAGGCUCGCAAGGAGAAGAGAGAGAUCGAUGAAAGGAUGACCGAGCUCAGAGAGGCUAUCGGCAAGCUUGAGGGUGAGGCGGAAGCCAUCGAUGCCGAGCAGAGCGCUUUAUGCAUCACCGGCAGGAACGAGUACUCGCGUGCUGCGAUCAAACAGGAUUUUGCGCAGGGAAUUCGUGAGAUUGAUGAAGAAACCGCUCAGGAGGAGGAUCCAGAGAAUUUUGAUCCGGCUGAGGAAAUAAGAGACUACAAUGAGGUUGCCGAGAGCCUGCCAGUGUUCUGCGUGAGCAGCCGCGCAUAUCAAAAACUCUCCGACCGUCUCCGCAAGGACAAUGAUGUUGCUGGCUUCACGACUGUCGAGCAAACCGAGAUCCCACAGCUCCAGGCACACUGCAAGAAGCUGACCGAGAAGGGUCGACAAGCGGGCUGCAGGCGUUUCCUCAACAGCGUCGCCCAGCUUCUGACCUCGCUCGAGCUCUGGUCUUCUGACGAUGGCAACGGCGUCAAACUGACUAACGGCCAGAGAGACACUGAGAAGUCAUUCCUUCAGUCCAAGCUCAAGCAGCUCGACAAGUCCCUCGAGAGGGUGGUGAAAGAGACGCUUGAGGAGACUAUUACCACGCUAGAGGACCAGCUUUUCGCAGAAUUCCACGUAGCAGCUCAAAAGGGCGAAAUCGAAGCUCCCCUGACCGUGGCCAAGUGGAACGCCUCUCGCGCCGAGGGCGGCCUUCACCAUUCGACUUACAAAGCCACCGUCCGUCGAGCCGGAGUCUACCAUCGCGACUGGAAUGGAGAGCUCGUUGAGCCGAUCUACAAGCAGCUUGGUACCUUGUGGGAGAAGACGUUUCAACGUCGUCUCCCUCACAUCCUCAAGACGUUCAGCAAGUGUGCACAGUCAACACUCAAGCAGUUCCAUGCUGCAGUCGACGCCAGGUGUCGAGCCAAAGGCCACGGCCUCGCACAAGUCGGGCGUCUCGGACAACAGUUGACACAAUAUGCUGCCAUCUUCAACGACAUCGUCAACACAGAGGUGGGAGUGUUCAAUGAAGGCCAAAGAGAGAUCAACCGUGAGUUCACGCCGAGCAUCAUGGAAGCCAUGGCGCCUGUCUACGAUGGUUGCACGAGCGAGAGUGGUAAAGGCAUGUUCAUGCGCAUGAAGGGUCUCAUGGAAAAUCACGUGGCCGCUAAUAAGAGCUCAAUGUUCAACCAAGCCGUCGCUGCUGUACGCGCCUCUCUGCUGGCACUCUGCGACAAAGUCCGCAAGUCCCUUCUCGAGAAAGCGGAUGGUAUCUUCGUCUCCAUGCAGCGGGACUACCUGACCAUUAUCGGUGGCAUACAAGUCGACCUGGUGAGGAUGUCGCCUCAAGAGAGGAGCGCGAAGCGGGAGGUCGAUAUGCUCAUCGAAGAGGUGGACGGAUGGUUCCAAGAGAUCAUCGAGGCCGAUCUUGAGAAGCUGAAGAGUCUCAGGAGCGACUCGGAUGCUGCUGAUGGCGCUGCCGGUGGUGACAACAUCAAGGAGGAGAUUGACGAUGACGAUGACGAAGCCUUUAUGGUCGACUCCGAUACCGAAGAUGAGAACGAGGACGAUGCCGAGGGAGGCUCAGCUGGCAAUGGAGAUACUUCCGCGGAGGACGCUGAAGCGGGAUCUGCUGGCCAUGAUGAUAGACAUGUCGAGAGGGAAGCGAUGCGCACAGACGAUGAUGAGCUUUAG